AUAUUCUUGCUCAUGAUCAUUAUAGUCAGUGUCAUUAUCUAAAAGAAAAUUAUAAACUGUAAAUCAGAGAUGGAAAGAAAUAUAGUUGGUUUACUAUUUACUUUAAAAACAUACUCUUGAAAUACCACAAUAUUUUUAAAAAUGCUAUUUAAACCAAAAACUGUUGAUUCUCACAAGCUAUGUUUUCUUUAUAAACAAGAAGGCUUUUGCAAAUUACAAGUUCAGGCCCUGAAAGAGGAAGAUCAUAGAUGCUAUGCCAUAACAAUUGAAGGUCAUCUUGGCUAGAAAUAGUGUUCAAAAGUUGGAUAGGGCUUGAACUUGGAAGAUGUCUUUGUUGUGAAACUAGAGAUGAGGGAAUAGGCCUCUGAGGAAGACAUAACGAGGAGCAGCAUCAGCAUCAAGAGACACCAACACUGUCACUGCCAGAGACGAGAGCAAGGUGGGUGCCAAAUAAAUGUCCGACUCUUUGCAGACCAUUAACUGCCUUUCUAAGAAUAACUGCCUCUGCUGCAAUCAUGUGAACUGAUCUUCUCUGUGCUGAGUGGUCCUCACCAGUGGCUUUCCAUAACUGCUCACAUGUUACCUAUGGAUUUUCCAAAGAAGUCAUGCAUAGCCAUGGCCCAAGAAUUUGCUGAAUCCUAUUCAAACUGCCCAGCGUAGAUGACCCUAUUUUCAAUGGCUGAAAACAUGGUUAUGGUUAACAUCCCUGCAACUAAAGAUGAAGUCAUCAAAAAGGUGGUAGUGAUAUAGAUAAGAAAGCUCCAUUAGCAGAAUUUGGAUGAGGAUAAAAACCAAGACAGCUCACUCCUUUUACAUAUCUCCUUCAUUGCAACUCCUUCCUUUGAUUCUGUAAAAUACUUCAAAAUAAAUCCUCUUGCUAAAUAUAGAAUUUGAUUUUUGUUUAAUGGACUCUAAAGACCUCAACUGAUACAUGGUUUUGUACCCUUUAGCAAUUUUGGUAACACUGUUAUCAAAACAUUUAUUUGACAUUUAUUUUCUGAUUUUUUUCAACACCACAAUGCUGUGAUGUCUAGGCAAGGCAAGUAUUAUUAUUUUAUCUUACAAAGAACAAAACUCAGUCACAACAUGGUUAAAUGUUUUAUCAAGGUUGCAAAGUUAAAAAGGAAAUUCAUCAGUCUAAUGGUGGUUCUUAUUUUAACAAACCCUUUACACUAUGCCACUUUCCAAUGUUAAGUCUUGGAAGUGUAUAGUGUGAUAAAUGCCCAUUCAGCAAAUACCAAAAUUAGGAAACUACACUUAAGAACAUACCCAGUGCAAGCUGUCUCCAUUCAAUUUUGGUCUUCUUUACCAUCUCAUCCAAACAAAAAGAGAGUUCUCUGUAGCAAGUCAUCAAAACAAUACAACCUCUGCCAGUAAUUUUGGUUCUGUGAACUACUUUUUUUUAAGACAGAGUCUUGCUUUGUCACCUAGGCUGGAGUGCAGUGCCAUGAUCUUGGCUCACUGCAAACUCCACCUCCCAGGUUCAAGAGAUUCUCCUGCCUCAGCCUCCGCAUAGCUGAGAUUACAGGCAUGCACCACCACGCCCAGCUAAUUUUUGUAUUUUUAGUAGGAACAGAGUUUUGCCCAUGUUGGCCAGACUGGUCUCGAACUCCUUGCCUCAAGUGAUCCACUCAUCUCGGCCUCCCAAGGUGCUGGGAUCACAGGCAUGAGCCACAGCACCCGGCCUGAACUACUUUUCUUCAUUUGGGGUACAUAUUCACAUAUGGGAAGGCAAAUCAGGUGUACUGCUUAAUACAAUUUCCCAACUGAGCACUUGUUCUUAGUCUUCCUGGUUAGGUUUCAAGUUGAAAUUGCUCUGUCCUUGGCCAGCUGAUAUACAAGACAUUGCUUUCUACCUAUGAUCCCACAUCCAGAAUUUUUUAGAUUCUUACCUUUCCAAAAGCAUCCAACCUAGGCAGCUCUUUUGAAUCAUUACUCUUUCUUCCUGUACUUCACUAUUUUCUAAAUUUUCUUUAUUUUUUCCCAUUCACUGUGACUUUUUAAUAAUUUAUUUUAGAAGAGUUUUAAUUUUGUGGAAAAAUUGCAAUGAUACUACAGAAACUGCUCAUAUAUCCCACACCCAGUUUCCCCUAUUACUAAUGUCUUACAUUGGUAUGGUACAUUUCCCACAAUGAAUGAACCAAUAUUGAUUUUUUUUUCAACUAGACUUCACUUUUUGAUAGGAAAUGGUAAGUUUCUAGAAUAUGUGGGAUGAGAGAUAUUGCUGUGAGCACCUUUGAAGAAUACAAUCUGCCACGGUUAGGUAUAAGCAGAAAGCAAUCUUAUGCUUUUUCGUACUGCCUCUUUAAAACUGCACUGUGAACUCAUUUUUCCCUACGCUUUGAACAAAAUUUCAGUCCAGUCUCUUACUGUAGUAGGCUGUAUUUACCUUUACUUGAUGUUUCUCUCUGCAGGAGGAUUAUACAUUCCUGCACUCGUGACCUCAGGUGUAGCCAUAUGACUUGAACAGGAUUAAUGUGUCACUUCGGGGCAGAAUCCUCGAGAGGCAGCAUGGGGUUUACCAUGUUGUUCUUUCCCUCUGUCAUGAUGACAAGCAGUGUUCUAGGUAGCGACUCUUCCCUCAGUCUAGAUCCCAGAGUGAACCACAGUCACAGCCAAGCUAAAAUUGAUGUGGUCUAGCACACCGCCUUAGGGUGUAGGGGGGUAAGUGUCAUGUGUUACAUAGUUCUGCACCUCUGGGCCUCUCUAAAACACAAGGAGUUCUUGUAGGCUAUACUGAAAUGUCAAAACAAAAAAUCCUGUCUUGACAUCCCAUUUCUACUAUUCUCUUAGAGUUAUCUUUCUGUAGAUUUAUGUGCAUGAAAACAUUUCACAAAAUUUUUAACUACAUUGUUGUUUUAAAAAUCAACAUUAAUAUAUGGAAGGGAGAGCAUCUGCCCAGAUCCAGGACCACAAUAACAUGUGGCAUCCCAUAAAUCACUUAAUGUCUGUGUUGCUUGUUAUUCUCGCAAGUAGGAAAGUCCUAUUUUAAAGAGGUGUUAAGAAAAACUAAACUAUGUACGGAAUAUAUAAAUUAACACAUCUUAGAGUACUAUUUUUGGGUACCUUGACAGAGAUAUAACUAUUUUAAAAGAUGUUUUUCAUGGCUUUGUUUUAUAACUCCCAAAAGCUAAGGGAUGAUAUAUGACCAAGAUGCCAAAUAGAUAAUAGAACUGGGUCUCAAUCUUCUCAAUUACUUCCCUAUUCAGCAUAAGUAUUAUUUUUGUUGGUUUUUUUCCUACAUCCUUCUGUAUAAUAGUAGGAUAAGAUGAAAGACAAAGGAAAUUAUCUGCCUUUCCUAAAGUCACUUGGGUGUCUUCUUUGGAUCUGAAACCAGAACACACAGGCUUCUGCUUGAGGUAACUACUUCAUCCCUCCCUUCCUUGUCAUUACCUUCAUUUAAAAAAUUCUACUGCACACCAGAGAGCCACAGUACUCUGUCAUAGUUUGUUUCUGUAUUAGAGGCAUCUUUUUGAUGCAAAAUCAUGUACUAUGUAUGCAUUGGCGAGCAGCAGAAAAUAUUAAAGCCACGUAACUAGGCAUUUCUAUACGUCUCAUAGGUAGCAAGGCUAUCAAUAUGCCCCUUUGUGAGAGUAAUUGGGAUGAUGAAGAGCCAACUUUUGGGAAUGGAGUUUUGGCAGUAGCAGUAGGUACUGACCAGACAAGAGAAUGAAGAGGUAGAUGGAUAUGAAUGGUCUACAUGACCCAGAAAUUGCCAUCCCUUUAAUAUCAUUGACAAGCAUAGAUUAUGAACCCUAAUUCCUAUUCGUAUAAUUCUCUUAAAUGCAGAUAGCAUACAUAAAGUCAUAUAUUGCUUAUUGACAGGAAUACAUUCUGAGAAAUGUGUCAUUAGGCAGUUUCAUCAUUGUGUGAACAUCAUAGAGUGUACUUAUACAAACCUGGAUGAUAUAGCUUACUACACGUCUAGGCUAUUCGGUACAGCCUAUAGGUCCUAGGCUACAAACCUGUACAGCAUGGUACUCUAUUGAAUACUGUAGGCAAUUUUAACACAAUUGUAUUUGUGUAUCUCAACAUACCUAAACAUAGAAAAGGCACAGUAAAAAUACAGUAUUAUAAUCUUAAGGGACUAUCAGCGCAUAUGCACAUCUUGACCAAAAUGUCAUUACGUGGUGCAUGACUGUAUUUCUCCCUCCAGACUGGCAGCUCCAUGAUUGCAGGAGUCAUGUCUGCCUUUUAUAUUCCUAAGCCCAGUAAAGCUCCUGGUUGAAGUGAUGAUUAAAUAUUUUUUGACUAGAUAGACUAAAUGAAUACCACACAUAGAUCCAGCCUUUUGUCUUUUUCUCAGAGUAUUCUACGGGUGUGAGUAGGCUCCUAUCCAGUUACUGCAUUCAGCUCAAUGUCCAGGAUUUCCAGGUAUAGUGGGGUCUUCCUUAGCUCGAAAGUGAUUCCUUAUAGGCCAAUGGCCUAUGAACUAAGAAGCAAUAAUCUAUUUCCCAUUCUCACCCAAUAAAUAAUGGUGAAGAAGGGACACAAUUAUCACAGUAAAAAAAAUCCUAUUUAAAAAAGAACAGAAGAUGAGAUGUGCAGUGGUCUUUGGUCUGUAGCAAUGCUGGUAGCCUGCAAGACAGGCCUUAUGAAAUUCCCUACUCUUUGAUCAGGCCCUGAUUCUACUCUGUGGAAGGACACCCCUUUAACAUCAUCCCCUGAGAUCUUUCUUUCCAUCCUUUAGGUUUUAUUCCAUUUCUUUGGUCCUCUUUGGGAAAAGGGGCUGUUAAGCUUUUGCAGCUCACCUCUUGAAGAAAUAAGCUUGGCUAUCUCUAAUAGUUUUGUCAUUAUCAUUUAUUUUUUGUUUUGUUUUGCAUAUUUUAUAUAAAUUUAGGAAGAAUAUUCAUAAAAAUAUCCAUUUUUAAGUGUACAAGUCAAUGAAUUUUGACAAGUAUAUAUACUAUUACUUCAAUCAAGGCAUAGAAUAUGUUCAUUACCCAAAAAGUUCCCUUGUGUUUCUUUGCAGUCAGUCUUCCCCGACUCACUCCAUCCCUGUCCCCAAGUGUCACUGAUAUGCCAUUGCUAUAAAUAAGUUUUACAUGUUCUAGAAUUUCAUCAAAUAUCCAGCCAGCAUUAACAUCUCCAAUUGCCACAGAGAUGUUAUAAUAUUGUUUAAACUGUUUGUGUGAGUCAAAUUCAAAUAAGAACUGCAUACUGAAAAUGACUGACAUAUCCUUUAAGUCUCUUUUAAUUUCCUUCUCUCUCCUCUCAUCCUAAUAAUUUGUUGCAGAAUUUGGUUCAUUGUCCUGUAGACUUUUCUGACGUCUAGAUAUUGCUGAUUGCAUUCGGUAUUUAACAUGUUCCUCUGUCCUCUACUUUUUGUAGAUGGUAGUUCUAUUUAGAGACUUUAUCUGAUUCUGUUUUGUUUCUGGCCUCAGGCAUUUUUAAAUGGGUUGAAGGAUCAUAUACUUUGACAUUCUUUUGGUUUUAAGUAACAGAGAAUUGAACUAAAUAUGCAAAAUAGUGAAAUUCGUUGCUUCACAUAACUGAAAAUUCCAGGGCAUAUCAUGGAUUUUGGGCUUAUAUCAUAUAAUCACAUCCUGGUUUUUCUAUUUUUCUGCUUGAUACUGGUCUCUUCUGAGUUUUGGCUUCAUUCUCCAUACCUUCUCUGGUUCAAAUCCAUAGGAAAUAAAAUUGCUUCCUGGUGGUUCAAUUUUGUGUCAUUGGCACUCAUUGGCCUGGCCUGAGUAUGUGUCCAUCCUGAACCAAUUAAUAACACUAAGGAAAUAUGAUAUUCGGAUUGGCCAGAUUAGGGUGCCAUUGUGAAGGUAGUUUCCCAGGAACCACUUCAACUAUUACUCAAAGACUUUUAGUCUUCUCCCAUCACAGUUGGUUUUUAGAGAUAAAUUUAUUUUACCAACAGAAUUACUAACGACUUUCUACUAUGUCUUCACAUACAAUCACCAUUAUUUAAAAACAGUAUUUCCACUUAAGUGGAGGUGAAUAGAUUACAGUGUGUUUUGGGUAGUAAGGUCUAGGGGGAGGCUCCUUAGAACUGUCCCCCAAAUUUCUCUCUACUGAGUCGCAGUCACCUACUGUCUCUUAUCGGAGAGGUGAGCUCUGUGGAAAUAAUGGUAGAGCUAAGUUUCAAUACAGGACAAAGUGAUAUGCAAAGGCAGGGAGAAGGGGGAGUGGGAGGCUGAUCACAGGCCCAAAAAGAAAACGCGCAAGACACAGGGUGACAACGCAUUUAAGGGGUGCAACACUUCAGGUGAGGUUAUCGUGUGGAAGAGCUCAGAAGUGGAACUUGGUCUACUUUACCAGGUUAUUUUUAACGUCAACUGCAAAGUAUUAGUAGUUUCAUUUUUUGGCGGUGACUGCCAGCAUCAGAGCGCGGUAGAAGCUUCAUGGGAAAGGUCAGGAUACCCUGGACAGGAUACAGAAUUCCGCGGGCGGCCGCAGUCGAGGGGUCAGACAGCUUCGCCCUGUCUGGCCUACCUACGAGUGGCAGAGGCUAACCGGAACCACGCCCCUUCCCGGGACCGGCUCCGCGAUUGCGUCACUUCCGGGCCUCAGCGAUUCGCCUCCGGGUUAGGCUGAGCCUCUUGCUUGCUGUGACUGGUGGACCUGCCGCGCUGUCCGCGUUAUCUCCUCCCGGUGAGAACGAACCGCAGUGUCCACCGGCGAGGAGCCAGCCCUGUCCCGAUCAGAGAAAGACGACGAGGAUACCUGGGAGCGGGCGGCGGCCGGGCUGGGCCGCGCCGGUGCGGGCUGGCGACUCUGCUCCUCCGCUUGCUGCUGUUUCUGGGAACUGGGUGCCAGCGCUGAGGGGCUUCCAGCCGACAGGGACCCCCUUCCCCGGCUCCCCUGCCCACCCUGCCGGGGAGGGCGGAAGAUGCCGGUGAAGAAGAAGAGAAAAUCUCCUGGGGUGGCAGCAGCAGUAGCGGAAGACGGAGGCCUCAAAAAGUGUAAAAUCUCCAGCUAUUGCAGAUCCCAACCCCCUGCUAGACUAAUAAGUGGAGAGGAACAUUUUUCAAGCAAGAAGUGCCUGGCUUGGUUUUAUGAAUAUGCAGGUCCUGAUGAAGUUGUAGGGCCAGAAGGAAUGGAAAAAUUUUGUGAAGACAUUGGUGUUGAACCUGAAAAUAUUAUUAUGUUAGUUUUAGCGUGGAAAUUGGAGGCUGAAAGCAUGGGAUUUUUUACCAAGGAAGAAUGGUUAAAGGGAAUGACUUCAUUACAGUGUGACUGCACAGAAAAGUUACAAAACAAAUUUGACUUUUUGCGCUCACAGUUGAAUGAUAUUUCGUCAUUUAAGAAUAUCUACAGAUAUGCCUUUGAUUUUGCAAGGGAUAAAGAUCAGAGAAGCCUUGAUAUUGAUACUGCUAAAUCUAUGUUAGCUCUUCUGCUUGGGAGGACAUGGCCACUGUUUUCAGUAUUUUACCAGUACCUGGAGCAAUCAAAGUAUCGUGUUAUGAACAAAGAUCAAUGGUACAAUGUAUUAGAAUUCAGCAGAACGGUCCAUGCUGAUCUUAGUAACUAUGAUGAAGAUGGUGCUUGGCCUGUUCUUCUUGAUGAAUUUGUUGAGUGGCAAAAAGUCCGUCAGACAUCAUAGCAAGAACUAUGUGAAGAAAAUGCAAACCUUUCGAUUCCCACGUGUAUACAAGCUAAUGUGAUGAGGGGGAAAAAAUCCAACGGGUGCAUUUUCAUUCAUAUGAAAGACUUCUCAUAGUACUUUUUUUUCCUUUUUUUAAAGGAGGUUUUUCUUGUUACAUGUGAUGGGCAUUGAGCCACACCUCUUCUUAGACUGAAUAUUGCAGUUUUUGUUUUGAGUUAUGUUUAUAACAUUUAUUUCAGAACAAUAAAGAUUCAGAUUUGUGACAAAGGC